UCCUAAUGGAGUCUGUACUCUGCGGUCAGUACCCAACCCAAAAUGCAAGCCUCCUUCCAUCCAAAUAAAUAACCCAGGAAAAACAAACCUUCAAAGCCCCUGCGAAACCUCUCCCGCCAUGAACAUUCUCUCUAUCGUCUCAACUCCACCUGCCUUUUUCGCAGUCAAGUAUUCCUUGCUUUCUCAGCACAGCAACUUCCAGUCUACUGGGUUUUGUUUCCCCAGGUCGUCUCUGUUUCAUUCACUCCAAUUUAACAGAAGAACCUAUUUCAAGCAUCCAAGCUCCAUCUUCCCGGCGGAGGCCCAACUCUCCGGUGCUGACGAAGAAGAUGAGGAAGAAGAAGAUGAAAAUGAGGAUGAGGAUGACGACGAUGAAGAAGCUGCUGACGAGUAUGACAUUUCCGGCGAAAUCUCGGACGAUAUUCCACAAAGCGAAGACGAAACUGAGUUAUCGGAGGACUCGACUCAGCGCGAGGAGUUCAAGUGGCAGAGAGUGGAGAAGCUAUGUGACCUUGUCAAGAAUUUCGGUGAGGAAAUGAUUGACGCUAAUGAACUGGCUUCCCUUUAUGCUUUUCGCAUCGACAAGUUUCAGCGAUUGGCGAUAGAGGCGUUUUUGAGAGGCUCAUCGGUUGUAGUCUCUGCGCCAACAAGCAGUGGAAAGACAUUGAUAGCUGAAGCUGCAGCGGCGGCAACAGUUGCUAGAGGUCGACGAUUAUUCUAUACGACACCGCUUAAGGCACUAUCCAAUCAAAAGCUUCGGGAGUUUCGGGAGACAUUUGGUGAUGAUAACGUUGGUCUUCUCACGGGAGACAGUGCAAUCAACAAGGAUGCUCAGAUUGUGAUUAUGACCACCGAGAUUUUGCGCAAUAUGUUGUAUCAGAGUGUUGGAACUGUUUCAUCUGGGACUGGCCUUUUUCAUGUUGAUGUGAUUGUUUUGGAUGAAGUUCAUUAUUUAAGUGACAUAUCUCGGGGAACUGUUUGGGAGGAGAUAGUUAUUUAUUGCCCAAAGGAAGUGCAGCUUAUUUGUCUUUCGGCAACAGUUGCAAAUCCAGAUGAGUUAGCUGGUUGGAUUGGUCAGGUAUUGUUGUUGGUUAUAUUGUCUAUCCUCAGCCAUUCUUCUAAUUAUCUCACACAUCUGUACAUGUCAUAAUUUUGUUGCUUCAUA